GUUAGUGCGGGAGAUGCAGUCGUAGCGUCGCGGACGCUCGCUCGGCUCCGUCACAUUAUUCUGAUCAUCGAAACAACCCGCUUCCAAGGAUCGUUCUCACCCUCUCAUCGAGGACAGGCGGAUUAGAGACGUUUUCUCAGUUACGUGGUUUUAUUCGUGGAUGCGUAUGCAUGUGUUCUGCACCGAACGGGCGAAAGAACCGCCCCAGAUCCGCAGCCAAUAUUUUUCAAAUCGGUAAAUCUUCGGUGAGGGAUCCGGAGCGCCGGGAGAGCACCGAGAGCACGCGGAGAGCUCAGCGGGCGAUGGAUGACUGUAGAACGACCGUUCAGGAGUUCAACACUCUUGUGGCUCUCCAUCGUGAGCAGGUCAUCUCCAUAGGGGAGAAUACAAUUGACUGUCCUUCUUUAAGGGCACAGAUGCACAAGACUCGCGUCAAAGGAUGCGCUGUAGCCCAGGUGGCCUAUCAAAACCUCAUCGCAAUCUCUGGGCCAGAGGAUGGUGAAAUCCACCCAGAAAUAUGCAGAUUGUUCAUCCAGCUUCAGUGCUGUCUGGAGAUGUACAUUACAGAGAUGCUUAAAUCUAUGUGUCUGUUGGGUGUUCUGCAGCUCCAUAGGAAAGGUGUUGUGUCAAUACUCGCUUCAGGAAAUGAUGUGUGCCCUGAGCCCAACGUGGACUACAGGGUCGAUGAAAGCUCUGAUGUGCCGAUGCUGGAAGAUCGAUCAUCAUCACCUGUAGAUUUUCCUCAGGAAUCCUGGGUCGUGUGCACAGACAUUGAGAACAUAGAGAGUGAUACGCGAGAAAUGAGGAACCUUCUAAGAAAACUCAGGGAGACAAUGCCUUUGCCACUGAAAAAUCAAGAUGACAGCAGUCUGCUAAAUCUGAGUCCUUAUCCACUGGUGAGGCAGAGGAAGAGGCGAUUCUCCGGGCUUUGUUGCCUUGUGUCUGGCACAAUAACUCUGACCUGUAAUAACAUGUUAUUCAUGUUCUCCCUGUCCACAUUCCCAUGGUCUAAAGCAGGAGCCAAAUGUCAAAGUGAAGACUUCCAGCUGCAGGGGUUUACUGGAAGCAAAGGGGGAUGGACAAAUUCUGUAAAGAGAGUUGUGAGGGAAUUCUUUAAGACAAUUCAUCCAGCUAUCAAGUUCCAACAGGCUUUCUUCUCUAUGGAUCGUACUACCAUUCCCCUUGUCCUACUCUGCACCCUGGCUUCAUUUACUCCCAUUAUGGGAUGUUUCUGUGACCAUUACCCAUGGAGUUCAUGGACCUAUUGCAGCAAUACCUGUAACUAUGGUACCCAAACACGUACAAGGGCUGUACGCCAUGAUGAACACUGGAUCAAAAACAAUUGUGUCCAGUUUUGUCAGACACAUGAGACCAGAGCAUGCAGUGUUGAGGCUUGUCCCAUACACUGUCAGCUGACUGAGUUUGGACCCUGGUCAGAGUGUUCGCCGUGUGCCAAAAAAUCUUUCAGAACCAGGUCUGUUUUGAGGCCAGGUCAGUUUGGGGGGGAGGCCUGUAGUCCAUCUCUUACAGAGGAAAGAGUCUGUCAUCCCUCCAAGGAGUGUGGGAUUGAUCGUGUCAACUGUAAAGACAAGUUCACCUGUGGCAGUGGAAGAUGUAUAAACGCUACUCUGCAGUGCAACAAACAGAACGACUGUGGAGACAACUCUGAUGAGAAAGACUGCGGGCAAACAAAAAGCGUGUGUUCAAGUAACCGGGUAUUUGCUUUCAUUCCUGGAGCAGACCUAAUUGGUCACGGAUUUGAUGCUGCAGCAGAGCAGAUGAGAGGUGCUGUUCUGGACAACUCCUUCAUGGGGGGUGCAUGCACUCUACAAAGACACAGGAGAAACUAUUACAGAAUCCCUGACAACAUUGAGAGAUAUGAAAUCAAGGUAGAAAAUCUUGAGGAUAUUAAAGAGCAAGACAUCAAAUCCCAAAAAGUCAACUUGGCCAAAGACUCACGUAGCCUACUGCUCAAAGAUGCAGUGAAAUCAUCUCAACAAAAGGACUCUGAGUUUUACAGGGUGCAUCAGGUUAUUGCCACAUCAACAUUCAGACUGAAACCCUCUGGCCUCUACUUAGCAGACCAGUUCCUUCAGUUUCUGAACAGUCUGCCACUGGAAUACAACUACGCCCUUUACAGACAGAUCUUCCAGCUUUUUGGGACACAUUAUUUCAGCUCUGGGACAUUAGGGGGGAAGUAUGACCUCCUUUUCCAGUAUGAUCGAGAAGAACUAAAGACCUAUGGACUGACAGAAGUAGACAUGAAUAGUUGCUUUAGCCAAGAUUCCUCCAUCUUUACUAUAUUCUAUAACAGAAAAUCAUUCAGUUCCACAUGUGGGAAACAUUCAAUACAAACCAAAUAUGAAGGGUCAAUUGUAAAAGCAGCAGAGAAGUGUAUCACGUCAGUGCAAGGAGGCAGAGCUGAAUUUACAGCAGCCCUGGCCUGGGAGAAGAGGGGCGUAUCGCCAGACAGCACCACAUACCAGGACUGGGUCAAAUCUACAAUAGACAAUCCAACUGUUAUAGAUUUUGAGCUUUUGCCUUUAGUGAGUCUGGUUCAGGGCUUCCCUUGUGCUGUGACAAAGAGAAGGCAUCUUCAUAAGGCCCUGGAAGAAUAUCAGACCGAAUUUGAUUCCUGCAAAUGUGCCCCCUGCCCAAAUAAUGCUCGGCCUGCUCUUUCUGGAACAGAGUGCAUUUGUAUUUGCCAGACAGGGACCUAUGGAUCAAACUGCGAGAAACGUGCCCGGGACUAUACUACAGAGGAAGUUGAUGGGCACUGGAGUUGCUGGAGCUCUUGGAGUACUUGUGACGCCACUUUGAAGAAGCAUCGCUCACGGACCUGUAACAACCCUGCACCGCAGCGAGGCGGCAGACCCUGCCAAGGCCCUGAGAAACAGGUGGAGGAAUGCACCAUCUCUAUUUUCCAGACGCAAAAUGUGUGCAUUAAUGAUGAUGACUUUGAGACUGAAGGGUCCCGUGAGAGCCAGUUGCCCCCCGGAGCUUCUGGCUGUCCAAAACCCCGUUCACCUGCCAACAGCCACCUGAGGAUCAACAAACGUCAGUAUGAUUAUGGAGAUCACGAGGAAUUUGUCUGCUUCACUGGUUUUAAACUGGAUGGAUACCAGCUCAUUCACUGUUUGCAAGACGGCUCUUGGGAGAAACCAAAGGGACGGUGCAUUAAACAUGUCUGCUCCAAACCCACAGUACCUGAUGGCAUGACGAUAUACCCAGACAAAACGGAGUUUCAAGUAGGAAGUGACAUCAUGCUGGCCUGCUUAGAGAGUGGCAUGAGCCCCUCAGGGCGUCAAUAUUACACGUGUGGGAAGAGUCUUGUUUGGGAGCCAAGCAUCCCACAAGACAUAAACUGCAAGAUUGAUAAACCCUUUGUACCAGACAGCAGCUGUGAACCUGGAGAGAUGCAUGAUGGGACUAAAUGCACAUGCAUGUCCAAAGAGAGAUGCAGAAAUUACAGAGCAGAUUUGUGUGUCUUUGACGCUGACAAGGAGACUGUCAUUAUGACGUCCCUCUGUGCUUUUCAUGCUGACCGUUGUCAUGGAGAAAGAUUAUACUUUAUGAACAAUGGACCAUGCAAAACCGACGCAGUCAGUCUGGACUGGGCCAAAUUCAGGGCCAAUGUAUCUGAGCAGAGCUCGGUGCGGGAACCCUGCGGUUCAGACACCUGUUACGAAUGGGAGACCUGCUCAGAAUCAAAAACAUGCGAGUGCAAAAUCCCCAGAGAAUGUUCCAAAGAUGGGAAGCAAAUGUACUGCUUGAAAAUUGUGAGAACGCAAAGAACAACGAGCUUGAAUCUGUGCUUCAUGGCUGCCAUGAAGUGCAGCAAGAUGGAGUUUGAGCUUCUGCACGAAGGUCCUUGUGCAAGUUCUUAAUUGUGCACCAAUUUCAUAGACAUUUUCACAGCUGAAAGGCUCACACAUUAUUGAUUUGUACAGAUAACCCAUUGUUGUUUUAUAGUCACACACAGCAUGCUAUGCAGUUAUUCUUUGAGCUGGCAGAAUAUUGAUGUGGAACUUCACAAUAAAACAUUAUCAGACUUUCAG